GUUAAAGCCACGGAGAGCAACAUAUUGAUCUAGCUGUGUGUUUUCCUUCCUGCUCGAUAGUUUCACUGUAAUUUAAUAAGCUGCUGCUUUAAUGUUGGAAUUAUGACGCUGAAUGCAGACAAGGAGCACGGUGGGAUGGACAUCAUCGACCUCUUGCUCAGGAACACGGAUGAAACCACUGGUUGCCACAGCAACCAACCUUGGUCUAUCACAAUUCAUGAAAGCCUGAGCCCUGAGGGAAGCACUGCUGAUGACUUCCUGGACGCCCUGCUGGGUGGUAGCGACUCCUCCUCGGCUCCAGCGUCCCCCCUGUGGUCACCAUGCACCACCGACAGCGGCAUCAACGAGGACGCCCUGACAGAUCCCAGAGAAAGUCUUCACCCUCCCUUCUUCACAGCUUUUCCAGCAUCGGAUACACAGUCUUUUCCUCAGCUUGCACCUCUGCAGAACCAUCCAACAACAAAUGCAAAAACGUCUGAUGUUUCCAUUGAUCUAGGCUGGGAGUCAGAUGACCUCAACGAGCAGUAUGGCAUUGAACACUACCUCACUAAGAACCAAACGUCCCCUUCAUCCUCCAGUCAGACGCUCACAGUGAAGGACCUGCUGCUCUCUAGCUCGGGACAGAAAGCGCAGCGAUGUCCCCAGAAUUCCCUACAGGAGCUUGUACUUAAUGAGGAUGAGAAGAAGCUUCUGGCGAAGGAAGGGGUGAACCUAUCCAGCAAACUGCCCCUGUCCAAGUUUGAAGAGAGGGUUUUAAAGAAGAUCCGCCGGAAAAUCCGCAACAAACGCUCAGCUCAAGAAAGUCGGAAGAAGAAGAGGGAAUAUGUUGAUAGUCUGGAGGGAAGGAUGUCUGCAUGUAGUGCGCACAACCUCACGCUGCAGAGAAAGAUCCAGCAGUUGGAGGACACCAACAAUGAUCUGCUGGAGCAGCUAAGCCGGCUGCAGGCUCUCGUUCCUAACAGCUCCAGCAAAACCACACAGAGAGGGACCUGCAUCCUGGUUCUGCUCCUCUCCUUCUCCCUGCUCAUUUCCUCAAAUCUUCAACCAGAGCCCUACAGCCAACCCAGCCAGGGAGACUACACACAAACCAAAGUGCCCUCCCGAUCUCUGCAGUCGAUGGAUGAAGUGCAAGACGUCCCUCCUCUGCCUCUCUUCUCCGUCUCUCGGGGCUUCGAGGCCCUGUGCAGGAUGAUGGAGAAGCUCUGACCCUGAGCCAGACCUCCUCAUGAAAGACUUCACAUCCUCUCACCACCAGUAUCACAGGCACCGGGACGAUCACUGAUAUUCUCGGGACCCUCGGGAGGAAACCCUUCACUCAGUCAGAUGGAGGUCGGGCGGCUCGGUGAAGCAUGUAUAUGCUAUGUAGUCAUGUGUGAUCAGUUAAACCACACAAAUGUAUUUUAUCUGACAUAUUUUAUUAUUUACUUGUAUGUGCAUGUUUAUGUUGAUAAAGUUGUUUGUAACAUUUCAGUGCCAUGCUGACACAGCACAAGAGAAUAAAAAUUUU